AUGACUGGAAAUUCGUUUAAAGAGUGGCUCACCGAUUUGAAUCAACAAAUGGAAAAGUCGAUCCGGAAAAUUCUGUUACUUGUUGAUAAUGCCAUUAGUCACAAUUGUACACAAAUAUUGAGCCAUGUAACAGUGAAAUUCCUUCCACCUAAUCUAACAUCGGAAGUUCAACCGCUGGAUCAAGGAAUAAUACGAGCUGUUAAAGCUCGUUGUCGUAAAAAAAUGCUACAACAUCUUAUUACUGUUGCUGAAGACUGCAGUACACGAUCUCAAUUUCUCAAAUCAAUUUCAGCCUUGCAUGCCUGGCAGGAAAUUUCACCAAAAACAAUUAGCAAAUGCUUUGAACGCUCAAGUUUCAAAGAAAGAACAGAGGGAAUCGAUGAAGACGAAGAUGUAGGCUUGGCUGAGGUGACAAAUUCUUUUUCACCUGAAAUUCAAAAUGACGUACUCUCAGUUGAUGAGAUAUUAACGCCGGUGCUGAGUUGA